AUGGGCCUCGGAACCUGGGCGUGGGGAAAUAAGUUCCUGUGGGGUUAUGACAAGGCGAUGGACGAGGAGCUUAAGGAGGUAUUUGACCUGGUCGUGUCGCGCGGGAUUAAUAUCUUCGACACUGCUGACUCGUACGGAACUGGAGCGCUUAGCGGCCGCAGUGAGCAGCUACUGGGCCAAUUCAUCAAAGAGUACCCUGGCAGUGACAAGUACCGCAGUGACAUCCGCAUUGCCACCAAGCUUGCCGCGUAUCCCUGGCGCCUCACCCCCGGACAGAUGGUGGGCGCCUGCAGGGCAUCACUGGAUCGCCUGGGCUUGGAGAAGCUCGCGAUAGGCCAGCUGCACUGGUCUGCUGCCAACUAUGCUCCGUUGCAGGAGAGGGUGCUGUGGGAUGGGCUCGUCGCUAUGUACGAGGAGGGCUUGGUGGAGUGCGUGGGAGUGAGCAACUACGGCCCACAGCAACUCGAGCGAAUCUACACAUACCUGCAGGAACGGGGAGUGCCACUUGCUUCGGCACAGGUGCAAUUUUCCCUCCUGAGCUCGGGUGAAGAGCAGGACGAUCUGCUGGCCUUCUGUGAGGCCAAUGGCAUCCGCGUUAUAGCAUACUCCCCUCUCGCUCUCGGCGUGCUCUCGGGGAAAUACAGUGCUGACAACCUGCCGCAAGGCCCAAGGUCCAUGGCCAAGGGCUUGGUGGCGAUCAACUGGUGCAUGGCCAAGGGCAUUGUUCCCAUUUCAGGAGCCGAGACUGUUAACCAAGCAGACAAGCUGCUUACGUGUGUUUUACUAUCGUGCAUGGCCCCCCCAUUCGCCUUGCUACAGGUGGCGAUCAACUGGUGCAUGGCCAAGGGCACAGUUCCCAUCCCAGGAGCCAAGACCGUCGAGCAAGCCAAGGAAAAUUUAGGAGCGCUUGGCUGGCGGCUGUCGUCCAAUGAGGUUGCAGCUUUGGAUGACGCUGCUGCUGAGGUGCCACGGCCAAUGAUCCAAAAUAUCUUCCAAACCAAGUGA